GUACAAACAUCUAGGAAGGUUUUUAAGUGGUUACUCAAGAUAAGAAUCGAUCUCCUUGUUAUCUUUGUUUACUGUCAGGAUAGCUUGUGAUAAUAUAGGAAGUCAGUGAUAAGUGUGUAGGACUUUUUCAAAGACAUAUCUUGCUGAGAAAAAAAUACAUAAUAUUUGAUGUUCUAUAUAGAAUGAGCGCAAUUAUCAGCUGUUCAAAAUUAAUUUCUCCUAUUCUAUCUUAAAAUUAUGGCAGGAAAAUAAUGUAUACAGUUUGGAAACCAAAGUAUGCUAUAUUGCCAAGUGUAAUUAUAGCAUUUACUGAAAGUUCUGUUCCCAUGAAUUUGAUUUAUUUAGAUAUUUAAAUACAUAAAAAGGGUUCCGGAAUGUUGUACCAGUAAAAACAAGAACCCUGCCUGUGAUAUAUAUAUCUCUUAUUCAUUCUAAAUGGAAGUUGGUGCAGUGAGAGUGGCAGAGGAUAGCGAUUUUUCCAGUUUGAAAGAUCUACUAGAUUGCCACACUGACUGGAAACUAGAUUACAACAAAGGCCCUAUCAAAGUAUGGACUAAAGGUUUACAUAAUACCAACUUCAAAAUGAUAAAGGUGCUUGCCAUUUUUCCUGAAAUCUCACCAGAAAUAAUGUAUGAUGUUUUGCAUGAUCCCGAGUACAGAAAAAUAUGGGAUCAACAUAUGAUUGAAUCACAUGAUAUUGGAAUUUUAAACCCAAAUAACGAUGUCGGAUAUUAUUCAAUGUCUUGCCCAAGCCCAUUGGCUAAUAGAGAUUUUGUACUUCAGAGAUCAUGGCUAGAUUUAGGGAAAGAAAAAUAUAUCCUAAAUCAUUCCGUCUAUCAUAUCAACUAUCCACCUAAGAAAGGAUUCAUACGUGCCACUUCUUAUUUGACAGGCUUUCUUGUUCGAGAGAUAGAUGGUGGAGGGUGUAAUUUGGGAUAUAUAUCACAAACCGAUCCCAGAGGUACGCUUCCACCUUGGUUAGUAAAUAAAGUUACCCAAAUAUUCGGCCCAAAGAUGGUAAAAAGCCUUCAAAAAGCUACGCUGGGUUAUCACGAAUGGAAAAUGAUCAAUAAACCUCAUUGGAAGCCUUGGCACUUUCCAGAACAAAUGAGAGCUCCGAGAUUGGACAUCACUGAGUGCGUAAUGUCUGCAGCGGAAAAGAAAUAUAAGUACAAUGAAGAAGAAGACUCGAAGAUUGGAACUCCUUCGCCGAGCAGAGGAAGGAAAUCAUUGAAAUUGUUUAAAUCAUCAAAAACCUAAGCUCCUAAGGAGGUUUUCUUCGUAUACGGCUGAUUAAUUACGAUUAAAAGUUUAUUCGGAAGAAGGAACCAAAACAAUUUUUCUAAUAAAAUUGUUAUUCUCAAUUUCUUAAAUGUUAUUAAUUGUAAUCGGAAGCAUCUGAAAAGCUUCGGCAUGAUUGAAAAAC